AAUAUUUAUCAAGAAAUUAUAACAGAAUAAUUUUUUCAAAUACCUUAAAUUUUUUUCUUAUAAAUAGUAAUUGAAAAUCAUGAGUGAUCAAAAUAAAAUCUAUUGUAAAAUUUGUGAUGUUAAUUUUACAACUGAUUAUAGUUUUAAUAGACAUUUAAAAUCUAAAAAGCAUCAAGUUAAUUCAUCUAUAAAAUAUAAAAAAUUCUUAGAAUUAAAGAAAUGGGCUGAAAUGAAUUAUAUUCAUGAUUAUGAUAGAUUAAAUGAAAAAGCAUUAUUAAAAAUUAAAGAGGAUUUUAAAAUCAAUGAAGAUAAUUAUCAAAUAUUAAAUUUUGAAAAACUUAAAGAUAUUGGAAAGAAAUAUGAUGUUAAUAAUUUAAAUAAUUUAAGUAGAGAACAACUAAUUAAUAGAUUGGAAAAAAUUAAAAAAAAUCCAAAAAUUUUAAGGUUAAGAAAUAUAAAUUAUAUUAAAAAAUUAGCUGAAGAAAAUAAUAUUAAAACAAAUAAUAAAUCAAAGAAAUAUUUAAUAAAAGAAUUAGCUAAAAAUAUAAAUGAAUCAUCAAAUAAUUAUAUAGUGGAUAUUAAAAAUAUAAAUUCUAAGAAUGAUUUAUUCAAUAAAUAUACACUUAAAGUUUCUCCUGAAAGUAAUAAUAUUAAAAAUUAUUUAGAAAUUUGUAGAAAAGAUUUAACAUCAAUAAUUGAAGAAAAAUUUAAAAUUCAUAAAAGUAUGAAAGGUCAAUUGAAUCUAGGUUGCACUUAUGAAAGAAAUUCUCCAACAGAUAAUACAAUUCAAAAAACCAUAAAAUAUUUUCCAGUAAUAACAGAUCAUAUUUUAGAUAUAAAUGAAUUUAUUGAUAAACAAUUUGAGAAAACUAUUUUAAGAGAAUCACAACAUCAACCUAAUGCAGGAUCUGGAUGGUCAUUAGCUAGUUGUGAUAAAUUAAUUUUAAAAUUGAAUAAAAACAAAUCAUUAAAUGCAGGAUCAUAUAUUGAUUUACCAGAAAAAAUAAAAAAUAAAAAAGCAUGUAUUAAUUUUAAAAAUAAAGAUAAUUAUUGUUUUAUUUAUUCAAUUAGAUGUGCAAUAGAUAUUUUCAAUAAAAAUAAAUCAGAAGAUCCACAUAGAACUAAACAAUAUGAAAAAUAUAUAUAUGAUGAUAUUUUUAAAGGAUUAGAAGUUCCAAUAUCAUUAAAAGAUAUUAGAGUUUUUGAAAAAAGAACUUUUAAUAAUUAUCAAAAUUAUCCAAAAAUGUCAAUUAAUGUUUAUACAAUUGAUACAGAUAAUGAAAACAUAAUACCAUUACAAAUUUCUGAAAUUCAUGAUUCUGAAUUAGAAAUUAAUUUAUUAUAUUUUAAAAAAGAUAACAAUUCUCAUUAUUGUCUAAUAACUGAUAUGAGUAGAUUAGUAAGUAAACAAAUAUCAAACCAUGAUGGUAAAUUAUUUAUUUGUAGAAGAUGUUUAUCACAUUUUCAUUCAGAAUAUAAAUUGGAUGAACAUUUAGAAAUUUGUAAAAACUUUGAAGCAGUUAAACCUAUUAUGCCAAAAGAAGGAUCAACAGUUUAUUUUAAAAAUUAUAAUAAAAAAUUUGAACAUCCAUUUGUAAUUUAUUUAGAUUUUGAAAGUAUAUUACAAAAAAUUGAUCAUUGUAAAAAUAAUCCAAAUAAUUCUUCUACAACUAAAAUUCAAAAACAUAUUCCAUAUUGUUUUACAAUUUAUUUAGUUAAUAGAGCAGAAAAUAUAUUUUAUAAACCAAUUUGUUAUAGAGCUAAAAAUAAAGAUGAAUUAGAAAAAAUUCCAGAAUAUUUAUUUGAAAAUUUAGAAAAAAUUGCUAAAAAAAUAGCAUACAAAUAUAAUUCUGAAAAUCAAAUUCCAAUGGAAUUAACUAAAUAUGAAGAAAUAAAAUUUCAAAAAACUAAAAUUUGUCAUAUUUGUGAAAAACCUUUUAAUGAUGAUAUAAAUUAUGAAAAAGUGAAAGAUCAUUGUCAUCUAAGUGGAAAAUAUAGAGGUGCAGCACAUAAAAGUUGUAAUUUGAAUUUUAAACUUCCACAAACUAUACCUAUUUAUUGUCAUAAUAUGAGUGGAUAUGAUACUCAUUUAUAUAUAAAAGAGUUAUCUAAGAAAUAUAAAAAGGUAGAUCUUAUAGCUAAUACUGAUGAAAAAUAUAUUAAUUAUUCUAUUAAUUCAGGAUAUGGAUAUGAAUUUGGUGAAGAUAAUAAACCAAGAAAAAAUAUAAAAUUUUCAUUUGUUGAUACAUUCAGAUUUAUGGCUUCAUCAAUUGAAAAAUUAGCAAAAUCACUAAAAAAAGAAGAUUGUAAGCAUAUAAAUAAUUUUAUAAAAAAUGGAAAAGUUUUAAAUGAUAUUAUUAAAAGAGAAGAUAAUGAUGAAGAUCAAAUUUUUAAUAUUUUAAGUGGUAAAGGAAUAUUUCCAUAUGAGUUUAUUGAUGAUUUUGAAAAAUUAGAAUAUAAUAAAAUUUUAGAACAAGAUAAGUUUUAUAGUUGUUUAAAUCAUGAAAGUAUAAAUACAAAAGAUUAUUUACAUUAUAAAAUGGUAUGGAAUAAAUUAAAAAAUAAAAAUUUAGGAAAUUAUUCUGAUUUAUAUAAUAUACAAGAUGUAUUAUUAUUAGCUGAUAUAUUUGAAAAUUUUAGAGAUUGUUGUUUAAAUAAUUAUAAAUUAGAUCCUGCUCAUUAUCUAACAGCACCAUCAUUAGCAUGGGAUGCAAUGUUAAAACUUACAAAAAUAGAACUAGAUUUAAUACAUGAUUAUAACAUGUAUUUAAUGAUUGAAAAAGGAAUUAGAGGUGGUAUUUCACAAUGUAUAACUAGAUAUUCUAAAGCAAAUAAUAAAUAUAUAAAAAAUUAUAAUCCAAAUGAAAAACAAAAUUAUUUAUUCUAUAUCGAUGCGAACAAUUUAUAUGGUUGGGCCUUAUCACAAAAAUUACCAUAUAAAGAUUUACAAUUUAUAAAUUCAGAUAUUAGAAAUUUAGAUGAAUGGGAAGAUAUAAUUAAAAAUUAUGAUGAAAAUGAUGAUGUUGGAUAUAUUUUUGAAGUAGAUUUAAAAUAUCCAGAAGAAUUACAUGAUAAUCAUAAAGAUUUACCUUUAGCUCCUGAACAUUAUAAAAAAAGAUUAUGUACAACUCUUUAUGAUAAAAAUAAUUAUGUUGUUCACAUUAGAAAUUUAAAAUAUUAUUUAGAGAAAGGUAUGAUUUUAGAAAAUAUUAAUAGAGUUAUAGAAUUUAAACAAAGUAAUUUUAUGGAAAAAUAUAUAAAUUUUAAUACAAACAUGAGAGCUAAAAGUAAAAGUGAUUUUGAAAAAGACUUUUAUAAACUUAUGUGUAAUAGUGUAUUUGGAAAAACGAUGGAAAAUGUAAGAAAUAGAUUAGAAAUAAAAUUAGGUGAUGAAGAAUCAUCAUACAAAUUUUCUAAAAAAUCUAAUUUUAAAGGAUUCAAAAUAUUUGAUGAUGAUUGUAUUGCUACACAUUUUCAUAAACAAAAGGUUAAAUUUGAUAAACCAAUUUAUAUUGGAUUUUCAGUUUUAGAUUUAUCUAAAUUAUUAAUGUAUCAAUUUUAUUAUGAUAAAAUUAAAAAAUAUGAUCCAAAUGCUAAUUUAUUAUACAUGGAUACAGAUAGUUUCUUUUUAGAAAUGAAUAAAGAUCCUUAUGAAAUAAUAAAAAAUAAUCAAGAAGAAUUUGAUACAAGUGAUUAUGAUAAGAAUCAUGAAUGUUAUAAUGAUAAAAAUAAGAAAGUAAUUGGAAAAUUUAAAGAUGAAUUGAAUGGUAUACCUUUAGAAGAGUUUUGUGGAUUAAGAUCUAAAUGCUAUAGUUAUAUGUUUUCAAAUAAUAAAAAUGAAGUAAAAUGUAAAGGUAUUAAAAAAUGUUUAUUAAUGAAUAAAAAUAUAAAAUUAGAUGAAUUAGAUGAAAAUACUAAAAAUAGAUACAUAAAAAUGGAAAAUUUUAAGAAAUGUUUAUUUGAAGAUAAAGUAGUGUAUAGAGAAAUGAAUUGUAUUAGAAGUUAUAAACAUGAAUUAUACACAAUAAGUUUGAAUAAAUUAGCUUUAAGUUCAAAAGAUGAAAAACGAUACAUAUUAAAAGAUAAAAUAAAUACUUUACCAUGGGGUCAUAAAAAUAUAAAAUAAUAAAUAAUUUUUAAAAAAAAUUUGGAGGAAUAAAUUUUUAAAAAAUAAUUUUUCAAUGAAAUGAUUUUUUUCAAAAAAAUUAAUAUUUUGCUUUUUAGAUUAAUGAUGAACUAUUUAAACCAAAUCCUAAUUUUCUUUUAGCCCACAUUGUAGGAGCAAUAACUAAAUCCAUAACUCUUUCAUUUAAAGUAGCAUCUUUUGAAAAUAAACGAUUUAAAGCUUGAUCUUCUAAUUUUUCAUCAGCUAUCCAUCUUUGUUCUGGAGUUCUAUUAUUUGAAUAAAAUAUAUCAUGUUCCUUACAAAAUUCAUCAGUUGGAUUAAUUCCUUUAUCACCCCUUUCUAAUCUUUCUUUAAGUUUUGUUCCUGGACCACAAAAAUUUGCACCUGGAUAAUGUAACUCUAUAGGUAAAUUAUUUAUAAUAUCAUUAACUAAACCAGAUCCUAUAACAUUUUCAGGUAAUAAAGACAUACAUCUAAUUAAAUAUUUAGUACUAUUUGGUGUAUCUAUUAUUUCUGAAUAACUAGUACUAUAAAAGGAUUAAUAAGUUAUAAUAAUGGUCAUAAACAAACAUUAAAUAAUACUGGAUUCAUUUCAAAAUUUACUGGUGGAAAAUUUGAAGUUCUAUGUACAUUAGGACAAUUAGGUUUAGGAUUUUUUGAUCAUCUAAGAUAUCCAAUGUAUAAAGGUGGUUUUGAAAUAAUAUUCACUAGAGCUGAAGAUCAUGAUGCUAUCUUUAGAUGGAAAGAUACAACACAAGGGGCAAUUGAACCACAAGAAG